ACUGUGUACACGUAUAAGAUUAUGUGAAGUUUUUAUUAAAAAAAUAGUACGUUUUUUAUAUGUUGUUUAAAAAUAGUGCAUAAGGAAAAUAAACAAAAUGGAGUACGUACACCAUAGGAUAUACGCGUAUAUAUUUACAAUAAUAAUGCAUACUGGAAAUUUAAUAUAUCUAGCUAUAUUUAUACAGCCACAUAUGAAAAUAAAUCAAGAUUUAAUAAUUUUAAAGAAUCUACAACCUAGGUUUUUUACUAUAUGGACUUUGAUGAUACAAAUGUUCUACGCAUUUGUUUGCCUUGUAAUUGAUGUACGAGAGUUGAAAAAUCGGGAAAACAAAAAAUACAAAUUGUCAAAAUACUUCCGAGGUUUCAGAGAUACGUUGUUCGCGAGUGUAUUAUGGCCUGCUUGUUGGGUUGUAACUAUAGUGUUCUGGUCGCUUUCACUAUACGACAAAGCCCUAGUAUUCCCGAAGAACACAGACAAAUUAUUGAAUCCCAUAUCGAAUCAUAUUAUGCACACAGCCAUAAUACCUUUGGCUGUGUGGGAGAUCAUGUACAGAUAUAGGACACAGCCACGCACACAUAGAAAGUAUUUCUAUCACAUGGUGUUCUUUUUUGCUUUGUAUUUUGUUGUGAUAACCUACACUUACUUCGAAAGAGGCAUUUGGAUAUAUCCAAUUUUCGCAAAAUUCUACGGCACUAUAUACUUCCCGCUCAUACACACGGUGAUAAGCGGGAUAGCAAUAUUCGCGUAUUUCUUGCAAUGGCCGCUGACAGAUUACUUUUGGCGGGAAAGGAGAAAUGUCAAAAAAGUGACGUAAAUGUGAAAAAAAAGAAAUAUAUUAAUAAAAAAAAUGGUUACACAGUACUUAUACGAUUUAGUGAUUAAGAUUCCUCUUUAUAGUAAACAUUAUAUUAAUAAAUUUUAUAUUUUUAUUGUUA